CGGGCAGGCAGGCAAUUUUUAAUUUUUAGUUGAAAAUUCUUGAGACGUGCGCCGGGACGUCUAUCGGGUGUGCUUGUCGCCUCCUUUAUAUUGUUUACAAUAAAUUUAUCUUUUGUUUUACACCUCCAAUAAUUAUUUACUUUGCUUUUUGGGCAUACAAAUAAAAGAUUCAAAAUACAAAAUCGCCAACAUGAACGCACUAAAGUUCAUCAACUCGAAUUCGUUUUUAAUAAUUCUAAAUGGGGGUUUCAAUUUAUUUGUUUAAGCUGUGCCUUGGAAUAAAAAGUCAAUAAAUUCUUCGAGAGAUAAGAAAAAUAAGCAUUGCGCUACAAUAAAUCAAUAAAAUAAAAAUAAAACCUCAACUUACCCGGUGUUGAAAUACAGGUAGAAAAAUACAAAAUAAAAUAGUUGAAAAAUUACUUGUUAUACGACGUAUCUACACUUCUGCAGUAUUAAAAUAAAAAAGCAUUAUACCUACCUUCCAACCCUGGCGAAAUAGUUAAUUAUAAGUUAUACAGUAUACAAACAAAAGUUAAACGAAAAAAUGGCCAUAGUUUCAAGAACUUUGUCCACUGACAAAACCCAUCACCGGCUACGAUCGGUAAUGAAUAGAAUUCUGCAAGUUGUAUUUCUACUCUGCCUGUCGGCACUGGUGGGUGGAGAUGAUUCAUCUGCUGCGACAGCGGUUCCAAGUCUACAGCAAAGCAGUGUGAUGGCUUUAGCGGCAGUGCCGUCUGCUAAACCUCUUGUCGGCUCUAUUCUGGACUUUAGCCCCAACUGUUCAGCCGUAACUCACAUAUUUGAAGGUCGUGGGAUACUUUUGGCGGAAAUACCACAAAAACCAAGCAAUGAAAUGGUUUUGAGGUACUGUGAAUCACCCUCAGUUGGAACAUGUUGUACUUAUAAUAUGGAAACAAAGAUGGCCAUGUCUUCCAGACUUCAUCUCGAGAAAAAUUCCAAAGAAGAAAUAAACAGACUAUCAUCGGUGCUUGGUGCAAAGGCACAUAAACUCAAUGAUGUGUUCAAUCAACUCCUCGCAGAAUCCAAAAAAGAAUUCCAUUCAAUGUUUAAGAGGACAUACGGUGUAAUAUACGAACAAAACGCCUACGUAUUUUCCGACUUAUUUACGGAGCUGGAAAAGUAUUACUCCCGUGGAAAGGUGGAUCUUGGCGAAGCAAUGGAUUCAUUUUUUAACACACUUUAUCAAAAGAUGUUUACAGUUUUGAACGCACAAUUUGCCUUUGAUGAUAAAUAUUUAGGCUGCGUCAGCGAACAUAUGAAAGAACUGAAGCCAUUCGGUGAUGUGCCCGAUAAACUAUCCCUCCAAAUAAAGAGAUCGUUUGUUGCGACACGAACAUAUGCCCAAGCACUGAUGACAGCCUCUGAUGUUACGAAGAAAAUGAUGAAUAUCCGUCUGAAUGCUGACUGCACGGCUGCGCUGACAAAGAUGCAACAUUGUGGAGCUUGCAAGGGCUACGUAGAGAAACCUUGUACGAACUACUGUGUAAAUGUGAUGAAAGGUUGCUUGCACUAUUUCCACGAACUGGAUAUGGAGUGGGAUAACUUUGUGUCUUCGAUGGAAAAAGUCGCUGAACGUUUGUUAGGCUCAUUUAAUAUUGUAAUGGUUGUGGAGCCAAUCAACAUAAAAAUCUCUGAGGCCAUAAUGAAUUUCCAGGAAGCAGGGCAAGACAUAUCAAAUCAGGUUUUCCAAGGCUGUGGUCGCCCUUCAUUGGGUCGAAAAAAACGUACAAUAAGUCCAAAGUUUGUAGAACCAAAUAGUAAAACGACUAUGAGUGAUAACAUGGAGGCCGAUACCAUGGAUAUCGAUGCGACGCUCGAUAAUGAAAUUAUUCUUAAAGAAAGUGCUCAGCAACGUGUAAAACGCACCAUUGAAUCUGAAUCUGAUUCGGAAGAUGUUGCUGUUUCUGAUCAAGAGCAAAAUAACCCACCUAAAAAAGGUGGUGGUGGAGGCAAUGGAGGUGGAGGUGGAGGAAGGAAAAACAAAAAGAAGCAAGGAAACCGCAAAAAUGACGACAGUGACUAUGUUACCCGCGAACCAGUGCUAGAUAAACUUAUAAAAGAGAUCAGACAGACGGUUAAGCAAUCGAAAAAAUUCUGGUCAAAUUUACCAUAUCAGAUAUGCAACAACGAAGACAUAGCUGCUUUAUCAGACGAAGACAAUAAUUGUUGGAAUGGUCAUACAGUAGAUAGAUAUAUGCACUCUGUCACCACAGAACAUGGAUCUUCUAAUCCGGAGUUCCCUGGUAAUCCAACAUCCACUAAACAACAGAGUUCUGUUACUUCUCAACUAUUUUAUCUAAAGACUGCCAUUAGUCAUUUGAGAAAUGCCUAUAAUGGCCAAGAUGUUGAAUGGUCCGAUCAAGAACCCUACUUUGGCAGUGGGUCUGGAUCUGGAGGAGGAAUCGAUGACGAAGACGACGAUGAUGAGGGUUCAGGCCUUGGCCCUGGCUCAUAUCCCACCUUCCAUAAACCAACUGUCGCCAGUGGCAAUACUGAACAUCCUUCAGUACGAGUCAAUAAAAUUGAUAACAGCGAUGACGAAGACGACGUUGGUGGUGUUGUCGAACACACCUCAGGUCCUGGUCGAAACGAUGGUACAUCCGACAAUGGUGGUACCCAUAGAAAUUCGCAUGAAGAAGAGGAUGAAGUGGGUGAUAAUCAUCUUAAUAAUGAACCAAAAUUCAGCAGUGCAACAAAACUGAAAAACUUACGGUGGUCUGUGCUUAUGUACUUACUAAUCCCGUUCUUUGCUGUGAUUCGAUUUAGUGGAAACCUUCACAAUUUGGAUUUUCUGUGAUUCUGAAAUCUUCAGAAGGUCUUGUGUUUUAUAUUAUUUUAUUUUUUAACUUAAAAUUAAGAUUGAUUUUUGCAAAAGGGUUUGUGUGUUGAAUCGAAACUGUAUUAAGAAUAUUUAUAUAAUCCUUGCUUUUAUUUUAAACUUCUUUUUAAUCGAUGUAUCGUAGGAUUAUUUUUUUAAUUUUUCUAUUUUGAGCAGACAGAGCCUGAUUUUUAAUCAAAAGAAAAAAAGAAGUGAGUUGUAUCUGUACCAAAAAAAAACUCGUCCUGAAAUAGUGAUAACUUUCGCUUUUUCCUAUCCAUACAUUUUAUUUUUAUCUUUUAAAAGACUUCAACUUUUUUUUUAAUGUUUGCACAUAGAUGUCCAUAUGAUUUUUCAAUACUAUUCUAGUCCCUAGGUAACGUCAGCCAUAACGACCCAGUCGUAACCAAUAUUGUAUGGUUUUGUUGCACUGGCCUCCUUGCCUAAAUCAUAUGCGACACUUCAGAUCUCGAUUAAAAUUAAAAGCAAAUAUAUCAACAAAGUCCUUUUUUCAGUUUCAAAUAUAAAUUAAUCCCUUUAAAAGUUAAUAUUACGAUUAAAAGAGUGUUGAAAGCAAUAAUUAUUAUUUUACAGUUUCGAUUCUGCGACUCUUAAAACUUAAAAAAAGAGAAAAGUAUUUGUAAAACUUAAUUAAAAAGAUUCAGAGUGCAUUUAUGAUAAAAACAAAUGAAAACUACAGAUAUACGUAAUUCAAGGAGUAAUAAAAUUUAACCAUAAUAAAAGUGUGUAUGAUAUGUGUGUGCGAAUGUGAGAAUGAACUAAAUAAUACAUAUUGUUGUGUGAAUGCAUGUUUUUUAUAAUUUUGUUUAGAAUAUGAAAUAAAAUAGUAUUUUUUGGAUAUAUUUACCAGAGAUAGAUACAAAAUAAAAGUGGUUGUCAGGUUUCAAGUAACAAAAUUGCAGCACAAAUUUUCUGUUUUCUCAACGAUCAUGCAAACAAAGAA